CGAGGCUCGGCUCUUCGGGUCCUCCGGCGCCUCGCUCCGGGACGCCGCCGCCGACCUCCUUGGCGUUGCCCUAGCCGCGGCCCUCGUCUCCCUCGUCGCCCGCCUCCGCCGACGGCGCCGCCGUGAGAAGGCGCGCGACGCCGACGGUCUUUCUCGACUGCGUGACCUUCAUGGUGUGACCUUGCCGCCGACCAACGCAGCGAACACCACCUGCUAUGGCGCUCCUCGCCGCCGCCGCCGCCGCCGCCGCCGCCGCCCGCCGCCUACCUCGCAGCCUCCGCCUCUUAAAGCCCCACCACUUCACCAGCGCCUCUUCGCCCCCCUCCUUUGGCGAAUCCGAGACCUCUGCGCCCGCAUGGGAGCCGCAAUCCCCCGUCCGCACGCCGCCGGACGACCAGUUCGCGGCGUGGGUCACGCGCCUCCGCCCGGGCUUCACCGCCCGCGACCUGGCCGACGCCAUCAACUCCGAGCAGGACCCGGACCUGGCGCUCGCGCUCUUCCGCUGGGCCGCCCUCCGCCCGGGCUUCCGCCACGCCCCGGCCUCCUACCUCGCCGCCCUCAACGCCGCCGCCUCCGGCAAGCGCCCCGUCGCCGCCGAGAACCUCAUCCAGGACGUCCUCGCGGGGGCCUGCCCUCCCGACCUCCAGCUCUUCAACGCAUGCCUCCGCUUCUGCUGCGACCGCCGAAGCCUCUUCCCCAUCGCCUUCGACAUGUUCAACAAGAUGCGCGCCCUCCCGGCCGCCGCCGCCUGCCGCCCCAACGUCGAGACCUACACGCUGCUCCUCAGCACCGUCGUCCGCCGCGUCCGCCGCCCGCCCGCGUCGCUCGUCUACCUCCACGCCGUCAGAUCCCUCUCCCGCCAGAUGAAGGCCUCCGGCGUCGUCCCGGACACCUACCUGCUCAACCUCAUCAUCAAGGCGUACGGCCGCUGUCUUGAGAUAGACGACGCCCUCAAGGUGUUCCGGGAAAUGCCCCUUUACAGCUGCGAGCCGAAUGAGUUCACCUACGGCUACAUUGUCAAGGCCAUGUUCCAGAAGGGCAGGACCGAUAAGGGGUUGGAGUAUUUGAAGGAGAUGAGGGAGAAGGGGUUCGUGCCGAGCGGCGGCGUGUACAUGUCGGCAGUAGCCGCGCUAGCCUUGGAAUGGAGGUUCGAAGAAUCAAGGGAGGUGCUCUUGGAUAUGUUGGAUUGCAAGAGGAAGCCAGAUAUGAUCACCUACAGGACGCUGCUGGAGGAGCUGUGCCGAGCUACGCGGACAGAGGAUGCGUUCGAGUUGCUGGAGGAGCUGAAACAGAGGAAGCGAGGGGCAUUGGACCAGAGGAUGUACUCGGAGUUGCUAGGUGGGCUGCACUGGAUUUCUCAGCCACAACAGAAUGCUCUUACCCGCCGUGAUAGGGGCUCUGAUGAAAGGGACUCUGGGGAUUGAAGUUGCUUUGGUGAAUUGCAUGUCUAGCUGCGAUCUAGUGGCCAUCACAGUUAUACAAAGUCUAAUUCAUGACUGCUUGAGAAGUCUGUACAUCUGCUUGGUAGAUUCAAGAUGGAUUGAUGCAUAUAUAGGAGCCGCCUUCUUUGGGAUUA